UUCUAAAACACAGUAUCUAUGGAAAAUAUUUAAAAUUAUGAUCAAGUUUUCAGUUUUUAAGCAAUGAGUAAUUAAAUUAAUUAUAAUAAUAAUAUCCCCAUCGCCCACUGGUUUUCCAGUGCAAUCAGUCAACGCAGGGCAGCUUGUGGCGAGCUGUUGGGGAGUAGCGACCCCACGUACCCGAGUACUCCUGGGGAGUUCUGUUACCCGUAGGAAGGUGGGUUGGACAGGAUUCUCUACCUCUGGCUUGUCUUAGUUGGCCGUCCAGAGUGGAGUCGUUAGAGCUAUACGCUCCAUGGUGGAAGUGAAAAUUUGCAUAAGACGCGACUUGGCACAGUGGCUGUUAACAGCCACUGGGUAGAAAGCGGUGUACACCUCUCGACACCCUGAGCCUUCACACCGGUGUUGCCCUUGAGCGAUCUUUGAUGUCGCUUUUUUGUGGGGGCCCAUUUUGUGGAGGCAAGUCACCGUCUGCCGGAAAUAAGAUUGUAUACCAUUUUAUUAGGCAGGCGUCCAGUUUUUUAUCACAUAGCCUAGUACUUAGUCCAUCGCUCUCACCCAAUAACCCAGUUCAUUUUAGAUUCCAUCAACUUCCAAUAGUCUCUUACACCCUGGCGGGUGCUGUCUCUGCGUGCGUCCCAUGACACGGGCAAGGACAGCAUCCGCUCGGUGUACCCCUUACAUUUCAUUAAAGUGUCAAACCCUUUUGACACUUUAAUGAAAUUUAAUCUUUAUGCAGGAUGGCUAAAAUUAGGUACAUUCCCGUUAGGGCUAUGUAAAUGAGUUUUUUUUUUUGUAAUAGUUAGCAAAAAGCAGACGGACCAGCUGAUGCAAAACAGUUACUCGUAUCAUUGCCCAAGGACAUUUAUAAGCAACGUUACCACCUAGUUUUUACCAGUGGCGGUGGAUUUUUUCUCCACCUUUUACCACUUAAUUUUGAACCAUCACAAUAUUUUGGUGGUAACUCCUGGGGUUUCUUCCCAGUAGUCACCACUGGUAAAAACUUGGUGGUAACUACUGGGUAUUACCACAUUAGAGGAGUCACUUUAAAAUAUUAAAAAUUGUUCUUAAUUACUUUUGAGUCUCGAUCGACGAAUUAUAAGUCGGCCAAUAGAAACACACACGUUGCAAGGGGCAAAAACUGUUCAAAAUUGAACAUAAUAACCAGAUACUCACCGAUUAUACAUCCCAAAUCUAACACGUAGCUAUAAAAACAAUAAAAAAACCUUACAUUUCAUUAAAGUGUCAAAAGGGCCUCUACGUGUUGGCUUCGGCUCCGCGCACGCCUCCCAAAGGUCCGGAACACCAUUGUUCCGUGAUGGGAAAGACAUAAUAAUAUAAUAAAUAAUAAAUAAAUAACUUUUUAUUGUACAUAAAAGAAGAGUUACAUGAUAACACAGUACACAAGAAGUUUGUACAAACAUGUCAGUAUUCAGUAGUCAAACUAUUGACCCCUAAACUAGGUAAAAAACCUGUGCCUUAGGGGCUAGAGUUCGUCCAAAAUCGAUGUCGAAAUAAUGUUUUUAGGUCGUGUAACAGCAAAAAGUUAACAUAAGACUAAUUAUUAGCUAUAUACAGUUACAAAAACAGUACCAAAUUAAGAAAUAAACUUUAAAUUAAAUAUUUAGCUAGUUGCCUUUGCCUAAGAAAUUAUAGUGAGGAGAUUUUCAGUCUCACUGUAUGUUAAUUUUUUAAUAUCAUAUUUAGUAAGGAAAAUGUAUAGGUACCCAAAACAUUUACAAUCGAGAUUUCAUUAAGUAAGACUGCUUGGAGGUACGAGUACAUACUGAUGUUGUUACUGGCCACUUGAAAAUGAAGUGCUUUAGAAAGACAGAUAAUGACAAUUGCAAUUAAUUCCUUUCGCCUGAACAUUAUUACAAUCGAGAUAUUUCACAAUGGAGAACAAUAUAGAUUUGAUUUUUAUAAAUAAUCAAAAAGGUCGCCCAGCUCUUGUGUACGAUGGGCACAAAUAUAAUUUCGGUUACACCAACAAAAAUAACACUAGUAUGUGGCGAUGCAUCAAUCGCCCAGAAUGCAAUGCAUCGGUCACAUUGAAUUCUCAUAAAGAUGCAGUGCUCCGCGAAAGUGCACAUAUUUGCAAUUCUCACCAUAAUGAGAACAUUAGGGAUGUUGUGAUGGAUUCGUGCAAAAAAGCUGUGUGUGAACGAAUGUCACCUGUAAAACAAAUAUUUGAGGAAGCUGUGACGGAAAUUGUCGAGACUGAUCAGAGUUUUGUUAUGUGUUCAUACAAAGAAAAAAGGAGUGCUUUAUACAGAGCGAGGAAGAAAUUCUUAGGGCAGCACAAAACUGAUUUUUUAAAUUUACGGGAUGUUAAAAUUCCUGAAAUGCUUAAAAAAGAUUUCUUAGCAAUCGAAGACGGAACAGAAGAGAAAAUAUUAAUCUUUGCAACACCUACGGGCAGACUGUAUAUAAACAAUGCCGAUGGUAACCAUCAAUACUUUGGAGAUGGUAACUUCAAAAGGAAACCUAAACCUUUUAAACAACUAUUCUCCAUACAUGUUGAUCUUGUUAAAAAUGGAAGAUCGAGUAAUGUGGUGCCAAUUAUUUUCGCUCUGCUUCCUAACAAGACGCAAGACACUUACUAUCGACUAUUUACACUAUUAAGAGAUGAAUUGAACUUGGAAAUCAGAAAUUUUAAAUGUGAUUUCGAAGUUGCUAUUAUAAAUGCAUGCAAGGCUGUUUUUCCGAAUGUCCGUUUAACAGGCUGUUACUUCCAUUUUUCUCGUGCUGUAAGGAAGAACGCCAGAAAGUUCAAGGCUAACACAACAGCAGAAAGCCGCGAGAUUAUUGAGAUGUGUGCGAAUUUGUCUCUACUACCAGAAACAGAGAUUAACAAUUGCUGGCUCAACAUAAUUGAAAUCGCACCAGGAACCGAUGAAAUGGAAUUGUUUAUAGGCUACAUGCAGAGACAGUGGAUAAGGUUAGGUCCAUCAAUGUUGAGUUGUGCUCAAGACAAACACCGGACGGAUAACCCGAUUGAAGGUUGGCAUAACCGCCUUAACCACCGUAUGCCUUACAAACCAACUUUGAUUCGGUUUGUACACAGGUUGAGAGUAGAGGCAAGAUAUCAAAACACAAGAAUAAUUAAUUCGCUAUUCUCGACCAUGACUAGAAAACGGAAAGAUAUUCUUUUUGACAAUCAAUAUCGCUUUCACCUGAAAGAUUUAAACGACGGAUUUAUAACUGCAGUAGAGUUCUUGAAAAAUAUGUGUGCAGUAAGACAACGUUUUCAUUAAAUAUUAAACAGUAGCAGUAUAGUGGGUAUAAUUAUUAAAGGAUGCAUUCAUAAAAGCUACUCGUAAUUAGGUAUUUAUUUUUUUAAAGCCGGAACCAUAGAACAGUGUCAUUUCCAUUAUUAUAAGAACGCAGUAUGACUUCUUCAGCUUGGCAAUAUGAUUUUUAAUGCCCAGGAGCCCUACUACAAGAACCAAUAAGUAUGCAAACGACACUGUUCUAAGGUGCCUGCUAUAUUUUAGCAAAGAAGUGUUCUGUUAUGUUGUUGUACUUGUUGUUGAUUUUAAUUUGUGACACGUAUUUAAGUAAAAAUACAAUUACAAAGGAAACGAAUGUAACUUUUAGAUGUAAGUUUAAAUUCUUGUAAGUUUAUUUAUUUCAAUAAACAUUUUUGUCAAUUU